ACAAUCAAUUUAUCACUUUGAAAUGCUGCGUGUACGGUUUACCACUUUACCAUCUCUAAAAAGAAGAGGGCUCUAACUCUUAGGCAAAACUGGGGGCAGAAACUUGAAUCGUUAGGCUGUUUCAAUGGCGGACCAAGCGGGCUCUUCGUCUUCUCACCUGAAAAUCACUCUUGAAGAAAAAGAAGAGGAUGAUUAUUAUGACUUAAUAUACGGGGCUGAAUCAGGAUGGGUGGAAGCUAGAACGCAGUGUGAUCAUUUGGCUUCUUUGUCGUCUGAUCUAGCUCAUAUUCCAACCCCUAACACUCCCUGCAACUGGUGCCAGAACCCAAGUGAGAAUUGGUUAUGCUUAUGCUGUAAGGAUGUGCUGUGUAGUCGUUUUGUGAAUAAACAUAUGCUUGAGCAUUAUAAGCAAACAACCCAUUCCAUAGCACUCAGCUACAGUGACCUGUCAGUUUGGUGUUUCGCUUGCGAUUCUUAUCUGGAUGCUCUAGUGAUUCAGCAACUGCGAACUGUUCAUGAGACUGCUUACAUACUGAAAUUCGGAGAAGCCCCUCCUUAUUUGAUGGUUGAAUCCCCUCAGAUGGAAGAUAAACAGGCCAAGGAUAUGCCAUCAGGCAGUUGAAUCAGAUGGUUGCAUUAUGGGUUCAGACCACUGCUUGUCUUGUAUUUAUGGCUGUGGAGAAGGGCAGAAAAAGGUUGGUACUUGGUUUGAGGUUUAACGAAAUGGUUCCGAUUUUCAUUAAUUCAAAGUUUAAUUCAAAACUAGUUGGAUUUCAGUAUAGGUUUGGUCAGUAUACAAAUCUAUCUUGAACUUGUGGCGGUUUAAUUUACUGCCUAAGCAAGCAAUUGAUGCUGUCUUCUGUUCUAUGCAUACUGAUUAUAGAGCUAGAAUGGCUUAUUUUCGUUCAUACUGCCUUCAUCAAAUGUCUUUUACUUCUCUAAAAACCAAUUAUUUUAUUUAUAAACUAAAACAAUAAAAUCUAUUAAGAAAAUAUAUCAAUAAUAAAUGUAGUAUCCGUUUCAAAAAGAAUUAAAAAAAUGAAGUUUUUGCUCAGAGCGGUGGUCAGUUCCACUUCAACUAUUCUUUUUCAGGCUUCAUCUCUUCAAUCAUCAUCAACAUAGCUAACAUUUCCCCCCUGCAUGUAAAGUAGGCGCGGACAGCUAUUAGAAAACUAAAACGAUUCUUCAAAGAGCAGAAUAAGUUAGAAAAGUGAUUAGACUUAUGUUUUCAUCAAUCAAGAUGCAAAGAGGAAAAAAAAUAGUCUUAAUCAUUUGAGUUAUAACAGACUAAUCGUCAUUAGUUUCGUAACUUGAAAUUGCAACAAGCAAUAAGUAGACUAUUUAGGGUUUUGGGUUAAAUCUGAGCUUGGUUAAAGAGAUUUUGGAUCUCCGACACCAGAGAUGAUGAUCUCUAGCCGUAGAGUACUGUUCGAAUCUGGGUUUGAGGCUGCCGGUGUUCUUAAAAUUUAUGGUUUGGUUGUUGAAGUACAAAAAGAGUGCUAAGACGCAUGUUCUCAUUUGACAAGGGGCCGUAGGUAUCAUUUUCAAACAAUAUUUAAGAAAGGCGACCUAUUUGCAUAAGUUGGCAUGUUAUUGGAACUAAUACUAAGAAGUUGCAGGUUCCAAAGGAUGUUAUUUUCAGUCAUUUAGGAAUAAAUUAAAAAUUAAAAAAAAUAAACAUAGAUUAAGAAGAGACAACCUUCGAAGAUUCUCGUUGCUUGUUCAGCAACUUGGUCCUUCCCUUACUCAAGCAAGACUUGGUCAUUUUCUGAAACGAAAGUAUUAAGAAUUAUCUCAGUCAACAGCUUUACUUCAUUCAUGAACUAAAAAGGCAAAGAAAAAUCCGUCCUACCGUGGGAAGAAGCUGUGGUCUCGCUGUGCUUAUUGGUUUCGAUCUUAGAACCCCAGGCAAGAAAACGCGAACACUGACCUACAAGGUUGGACAUAAUGUAUCCUUAUGGUGCACAAUUUGAUACAGGACAUAAUAGAAUUUCAGUUCAUAAACCAAUUAACCUCUUCUCUUUCUGGUAUGUAUGACAUAUCGGCUGGAGGAUGCUUUUCUUUCGGGAUAAGCUCAAAAAGAUCAUGGAAGUUUUCAUUUCCCUGUUUAUAUAACAAAUACAGUGAACAAAAGAUGGAAAACUAUGAUAUAUGAAAUGCAGAGUGAUUAGGAAAGCAGUUUAAACUUACCAUCAUGUGGUUGAUAAACCCAGCUUCUCCUAGAAAAAGCCUCAUACAGUUUAGCUGAAAGAAAAAGAGAAGGAAAUAUCAAUUAGCAUCAUAAGAAUUACUGACAUAUCCGAAGGCGACUUAAUUUAAUUACCUGUAUCAUCUGAGACCAUGUUGUUAAAGUGAUUUCAUGUUCACCAAUCGUGACAUGUUUAUUUGGACGGCCCCCUUCCUGAUAUCAGACAAUUUCAGUAAUAUCAGUAUCCAAAAUAUUUCAUGAACAUCUGAUAUAGCAUUUCCUUACCAUUUACCUCAAAAUAAUUUACAACAUCUGAUAGAACAUAGGACUGUCUUCUCAGUUUGUCGAUAAUUUUGUUCUUCUGUUCUUGCUUUUCUGAAAUAACACUUUCAUGAGUUGUGAACUUGUGCAAACAGUUGGUUUCAAAUAUCAGAGCUAAAGCCACACCGGCGGCUACACAGAUUUCUUUAUCCUUAUUGUCUAGUUGGUCUGAAAAAUAUGAAAUUGCCCUGCAUCCAUUAGCAAAAUCACAAUUUUUACUUUACAAUUAAGUAUAUCAGAAGAACUUUGUACUUUCCAACAACUGCAGGGUUUGAAAACUAUUUACAGGAUGGAAGACAACAAACCAUAUGGGGAAAAUAACCAACAUAGAACAAUCAUAAUUAAACUAAGAACAAUAAAAUUAU